AUGCGGAGACUCGACGAUGGCUCCAAGCACGCGACGAGUGCCAAUUUCAAAGAGCAUAUGCCACGUACGAAGCUGGCAUCAAAGAACAAACUUAAGCGCCUUGAUUUCGUUCAGCCAUUGGGUAUUAGUGACAUGUUUCUGAAAGACAGCUAUGAUGUGACUACAAUCGCUCGGGACGUGCUGAUUGCUGCUGGCAAACACCCAUCUGAAGAGGUGCUCAAUUAUCACCUCCAUCCCCUCAUGAAGAUAAUUCCAGCCAUGGAUUAUUCAUCGGACCUGACCUCCCUACGAUGGGAUCGUAUUGAUCCGAUCAUCUAUGCACGUGACAAACGGCCCCGCAACCCCCCGACGCGCCCACCUGCGCAACCAAUUAACGCGAUCGGCGCGGUGGCUCUUUCAUCAUUUCACGACAGCUCCCUUCCACCUCAACCUUCUUUGUUGCCUUCCAAUCCUCAUCUCGCGAAAUCCGACCCUUCCAUCCCAUUUCCACUGCCGAGCUCUUCCACGCCCAUUCCUACGCCCGAGCGAGCGCCAUCAAUACUCCAGGCGGCAACAGAGACGCCAACGACCAAACCGAGCUCAACUCCACGGUCAAAGAUUCCCGCCGCGUCUCCACCCCCACGAACCAAGGAAGCUCUCCAGCCGCAAGUGGUCAUCGAUUCGUCUCCCCAGAAAAUGCCUCCCACUAGGAAGAGAGUUGGCCGCCCCAGGAAGGACGCGAAACGCGACAAUGCUGCCGUGACUGUCUCAAGCCCCAGUCAACCGCCCACUCAGUACCCAGUAUUCAAAUGCCGGUGGGAAAGUUGUCAAACGGAGCUUCACACACUGGUCUUGCUUCAGAAACACGUCCUGAAGGCCCAUAUCCCUCACAACAUCACUUGUGGCUGGAUGGAGUGCGACAAUUCAACUCCUAUGGCAGCGUCGGCGAUGUGGGAGCAUAUGAGAGAUACGCAUAUUGAAGAUUAUGCGUGGACCCUGGGCGAUGGUCCUGCGGUGCCCUCACCUGGCGAAGAUGAUCAAAUUGGAUCGCCUGCAAUUCCUCAAUUCAACCUCUUUGAUCGCCAGGCACGUGUGUCAACGGUGCUUCUCCCCUUGGAUCCUCAGGUGGUCAAAACAUACAGCAAAUCCCAUCGCAUCAACACCCCCGAGCAGAGGGCAGAGUUGUUCAAAAAUGCAGGAUACCGCUGGAAGGAGGAGGUUGGUCCCGAUGUUGACAUCAGCGACCGCAGGCUUUCCACCCCUUCACGUCUGGUGACUAGCCAUCUCACCGAAAUUGCAAUGACGUUGCCCGAGUCUCCAUAA